AUGGGAACAGCAAAGGCUCGCGCUCCUCCAAGGACACCCGCAACACCCACACAACUCGUGGAGACGUCGCGGUACCUUCCCGACAAGACAUUUAUCAUCGACAAUGGCGCCUACAUGAUCAAAGCCGGCUACGCUUCUCAAGCCCCCGCCUCCGACGAAACCGUUUCGGCCUGCUCCUCAAUACCCAAUGCUCUUGUUAAAACCCGCGAUAAUAAGAUUGUUAUCGGCGCGCAGCUAGCGACAGUCAACGAUUGGAAUGAGGCCAUGUUCCGGCGCCCGGUGGAGAAGGGAUAUGUUGUGAACUGGGAAGCCGAGAGAGAGAUUUGGGACCAGUCUUUCUUUGAUGGAAAGGUGACGGCUCGGAAUCGGAAUCACCACAUCGCGGACCCGGAAGACACAACCCUUGUGCUUACUGAGGCGCCAAAUGCCUUGCCUAUUUUACAACGAAACACCGAUGAGAUGGUUAUGGAGGAAUGGGGAUUCGGCGGAUAUGCGAGAUGUUUGGGUCCAACUCUCAACGCAUGGAACGAAAUACAUUCUCUCUUCGGUGAUCCUCUCUCUAAUACAUCCGAUGCAUCUAUCUUGCCCGCAGAUUGUUUGUUGGUCGUCGAUUCUGGCUAUUCGCACACCACAGUGACCCCGGUUUACAAAGGUCAAGCUCUUCAACGUGGGAUCCGAAGACUCGAUCUCGGAGGCAAGCACCUUACAAACUACCUGAAAGAGAUUGUGUCAAUGAGACAAUACAAUAUGGUGGACGAAUCAUAUAUUAUGAACCAAGUCAAAGAGGCUGUCUGCUAUGUCAGCAAUGACUUUGCUGGUGAUUUGGAGCAAACAUGGAAAACUGGCCGAAAGCGCCAGAGUGGCCCCGAUGAAGGAAUCGUGUUGGAUUAUGUGCUUCCAGACCCGAAUGCAAACAAGAAGGGCUUUAUUCGACCGCAUGAUCCUCUUCUGCACGCAAAAAAGAAGAAAGGAGCGAAUUCCGGGCUCAGCACGGAGGUAUUGUCGGAGGAUGUACUGGUGCUGGGUAAUGAGCGCUUUGCUGUCCCGGAGCUCCUAUUCACACCCGGAGAUAUUGGUAUGAAGUCAGCCGGUAUACAUGAUAUGAUUCUCCAAAGUUUGUCGGUUCUACCUACUGGCCUGCACUCUGCCUUUUUGGCGAACGUUCUCGUUGUCGGGGGAAAUGCUUUGAUUCCGGGAUUUAUGGAAAGAUUGGAAACCGAAUUGCGACAGAUUGCCUCUGCUGAAUGUGUCGUGAGAGUACGCCGGGCUAAGGACCCCGUUCACUCAACAUGGCUAGGAGGUACUCGCCUUGCUGCAAACAGAGAGGAACUCAGCAAAGUGUCCAUCACUCGCCAAGAAUAUCAAGAAUACGGGUCAGGAUGGGCCGUUCGACGAUUUGCUGGCCUUGUAUAA